UGCCUAAGGGGAACCUAUAAAAGUAUCAGCAGAGAGUGAGGGCCAGUUACUGCUCAUAAGUCGGGCACUUUAAAGGCUCUUACUUGAAUCACCGUUUAGGAUUUAAAACACCAGGAAAGAGGAGCUUUCACUACUCACUCCGCGAGGAGUGCCCACCUUCAUCCCCAAGCUGCAGUUUCCCAUGAGUAAAGAUAGGCAUCACCUCAUCACUUCAAGAUUCCGUCGACACUUCUCUACGUUGGCAGAUAGUUCCUUUUCGAGGCGUAAGCGCUUUCUAAGCACCUCAACCGCCGAAGAGGUUCUGAGCCUCACCUAUUGCCCAGGAGACGCGCCGGGUUUUGUUUUUCUACGUCCCCGCCGGAACAGGCCCGCCCACUAGCGUCAGAGCUAGCUCUUCACUGGUCCGGAAGUGUGCUCGUCUCCUCAGAGAGCCAAUCAGAGCCUCACUUUCUACUCAGGGGAUUUGAAAAACGGAAAAGACCUUGACCUGUUCCUGGGAGUAGGGCGGGGGUGUGAAUGAUUGACAACUCGACUCUCCAAUAAUCAGAGCCCUAGGACCUGCCCCUUCUGGCUCCAGGGCUAGAAAAGAGAGUCGAUGCCGGCCGCAGUGAUGAGUCCUGGGAGAUCCUGGUUGUUCGGCGGUCCUGAGGAGCGGCUGCUACUGGUGGCCUUUUGGCAGGAUAGUUCAUCAUCAAAAGAUGAUGGAGAGGUGCAUCUGCCUACAAUAUUUGUGCAUCACACCUUCUUCAUUUGAAGUGAAAAAUAGUUUCUUUGCUAUAACGAGCUUCUUGCUUGACAAGACACGAUAUAUUGUUGUCACUGAAGACCAACCCUUUGGAAAGCCCUAGGAAAGCUCAGCCAUCAAUAUGUCCAAGUACAAACUGAUCAUGUUAAGACAUGGAGAGGGUGCUUGGAAUAAAGAGAACCGCUUCUGUAGCUGGGUGGAUCAGAAACUCAACAGUGACGGCCUGGAGGAAGCGCGGAACUGUGGGAAGCAACUCAAAGCACUAAACGUUGAGUUUGAUCUCGUGUUCACAUCCAUCUUGAACCGGUCCAUCCACACAGCCUGGCUGAUCCUGGAAGAGCUGGGGCAGGAGUGGGUUCCCAUGGAGAGCUCCUGGCGUCUCAACGAGCGUCACUACGGAGCCUUGAUCAGUCUCAACAGGGAGCAGAUGGCGUUGAAUCACGGCGAGGAGCAGGUGAGGCUGUGGAGAAGGAGCUACAAUGUGACCCCUCCUCCCAUCGAUGAGUCCCAUCCUUACUACCAUGAAAUCUACAACGACCGGAAAUAUAAAGUGUGUGAUGUGCCUUUGGAUCAGCUGCCACGAUCCGAGAGCUUAAAGGAUGUUUUGGAGAGACUCCUUCCCUAUUGGAACGAAAGGAUUGCUCCUGAAGUAUUACGUGGUAAAACCAUUCUGAUAUCUGCUCAUGGAAAUAGCUGCCGGGCACUCCUGAAAUAUCUGGAAGGUAUCUCGGAUGAAGAAAUUAUCAACAUUACUCUUCCUACUGGGGUCCCCAUUCUCCUGGAAUUGGAUGAGAACCUGCAUACUGUUGGGCCUCACCAGUUCCUGGGCGACCAAGAGGCUAUCCAAGCAGCCAUUAAGAAAGUUGAGGAUCAAGGAAAAGUGAAACGAGCUGACAAAUAAAGUCUUUCCCACGUGCUGGCUAGGAAUAGCUGCAGAAGGAGUGGCAUGCAGUGUGUUAUGGGUGCUCAUCUUGCUUUUCUUUUUCAUUUUUGGUCUCCCUGCCUGAUUUUUCCAGAUCUAGGCUGUGGGGUAGAGUUUGUAGAGGUAAUUAGGUAACUUAACCUUGGCCCAGUUAAAGGCUUUAGGAUGCCCAAGUGCUUAUGUCAUAGCCUUAUGUGCUAACCCCUGCCGGCCUCCUUUUAAUUAGUCACUAAGUUAGUCACCAGUGGGGCUUAAUCAAUGUCCUAAGUUUCUGAGAUGGGAAAGCUACAAGUGAAGGUCAAGUUCAAGGUUGUCCUCAUUCAGUAAAUCAGUAUUGAGUCACUACUGACAGACCUUCACUUUAAUAAGACGUUUGUGUUUAUAGAAAAUUUCUGGGAUGAUAAUAAAGGAUAUUAGAUACUAUGCUCUACUUAAGUAUUUAUUACUAGUCUUUUCCUCAAGGAAAAGGGGUACUCUCAUAUGUAAGUGGCCCAUUAAAUGGGAGAGUCACAGAUGGAUUCUUCCAAAGCAGCCAGCUACAAACAGCAAGGCCCUUUGCCUCAUCUCUAGUCCAGAGACAUCCUGUUUGACAUCUGGUGGAAUUCCUUUCUGGCUGCUGGAAUUAGCAGCAUAUAGACAACCAUAGCUAUUCAUGUUCUCUUUUGUUUUUAAACAUUAAUCUUGGGCUCCUUAAAAUUGAUUUAAAAAUAAGUUCUGUGUCUGAAAAUGGUACCCCCAAAGUAUUUCCAUGUGAUUCAUAAGUAUUAAGUAGAAGCUUCUGAAUUAGUCUCUGCUCUCAUCUUCCUGUAACACAAAGAGUUGUACUUGUUUCAACACACAGACAUGCUUAAUUCUCUAUAAAUUGAAGGUUGGGUCAGGGUGAAGAUAGAAUAUAGCGGGUGUAAUUUCAUUCACUUGAACAGGGGAAAUGGUAUACUGGCACUUGUCAUGUACAUUUGUUCUUUAUCUGCUGAGGUCAAAACAUUAUGGUACAUAGCCUGUAGUACUCAGGAUAGACCACCGACUGAUUGAUUGAUUGCUCAUCAAUCUUAAUGAUACAGGAUAUCUUUAGAUGCUGUAGACAGGUACGUCAUCAUUUCUUUAAGCUACUGCCUUAUGUCAAAGCAAGUGACGUGCGUUUCAAUGAUAGUCAUCUUAACAGUUUACAACUAUAAUAGCUAUUACAGGUAUCACCAGUUUUUCACGGUUUUCCAUUGGUGGAUUAGUUUAUUUUUGUCCAUUUUAUAGUAAAAUUGGCAUUAGAAGGAAACUAAUUAUAAAACCCUUGCUACUGCUUGGUCUCCACUGAUCCUUAAAUCAAGACUUAGAGGGACUUUCCUGGCAGUCCAGUGGUUAUGACUCUAAACUUCCAAUACAGGGGACACGGUUUCCAUCCCUGGUCAGGGAACUAAGACCCCACGUGCUGUGCAGUGCAGCCAAAAGAUAAAAGAUAAAGAAGACUUAGAGCAUCAGCUGAUAAAUAAAGGUGGCUGAAAAGAACAUGGUUUGCUCACAGCUGGCCACAUCUGCAAUGCGUAAGGACACGGAAUGUGGCUGCUUGGCAUUCCUGACCAACUACUGUCUUUUCUGCUGCCAUCCUUCUUUUCACAGUCCUGUUGCCCAAACAAAUAGCACUCUUUAUAAUAAUUCAGAGAUCAGGGCCACGAAUACAACUACCGUCUCUUCCUAGAAUUCCAAACCUAUGGCUAAACUUCAACUCAGACCAUUUUUGAACAGCUUCAUCUCUGGAACUGGCAUCUGAAUUUUCCAGCCCAAGUGGUGACCAUGUCUUAAAGCAGCUCAAGAACCCAGAUUUGGAUUUUCCCCUCAUCCCACCUCUAGACGUCCACCUCCAGAGCACCCCCAGCAGCAUGAUUGCUCCUAUGCACAAAGCUGUGCUCACGCUCAGUCACUUUGGAGUCUCACAGACUUCCGCAGAGAGGGAUGAUUGUUUGUUGCUGACACAUUCUGGUACAAUUUUGGUUUUAUUGUUUUUGAGAUCUUGGCUGAAAUAAAUGAAGCGAGAUUUAUGAAAA